ACUUUCCGCUCUUCUGCAUCUCGCGUUCUCGACUACUAGCUUUAAUUGCUGCAAUCACGCGUGCGGCCUCACAGCUGCGCUGCAUACUCGACAAGCAUCUGUAGUGCAACCCGAACAGUCAACAUACGCUUAGAAGGGGCCUGAAGCUUUGUCGCUCCGCAUCGCCAUCCGAGCAUCCUGACCACGAAAGCAUCGAAACCAUCGAAUCGCACUGUCUCACCUGAAGGCAUCAAAGUAAUCAUGGCUGGGAUGAUGGCGAAGCGCCUGGGGAAAGAGUUGGCAAAGCUGCAGAGGGAGACACCGAAAGGCAUUACGAUAGUGUCGGCCGAUGACUUCAAAGAAUGGACGAUGGAUAUCCAAGUGCUGGGCAAUCCGAUGUACAAUCCGGAAGAGAAAUAUCGCAUCAAAAUAACAUAUCCAAAUGCAUACCCGAUCGAGCCUCCCGAAGUUGUCUUCAUGCAACUGUCAGAUCCCGCGCGGAGGAUACCCAUGCACCCACACAUCUACAGCAACGGCAUCAUAUGCUUAGAUCUGCUAGACAAGCAAGGGUGGAGUCCUGUGCAGAACGUCGAGUCGAUAUGCUUGAGUCUACAGAGCAUGCUAGACUCCAACACGAAGAAUGAGAGACCGCCCGGAGACGAUGACUUUGUCAGGCAGAAUCGCGCACGACCUCGAGACAUUCGCUUCUUAUAUCACGAUGCAACGGUCUAGGAGGCUCUCGACGCCUGGCAAGCUACGAACCCAACGACUUUGGACAUCCCGCUUGCGAGAGUCUUGCGCUCUGCACGAGAAUUGCUUGGUUGGAUGUUGCCCAUGCAGGCACGCUGAUGAUCACACCCGGCCCACUCCGAUGGCCGUAUCAUCACUUCAGGAUAUAACGAAUGACGACCAACUGGAUGUGAUCGCAAACUAGAAGAAAUGCGAAUUGGGAAGAAGGACCUAGCAUCACUCGCAGAGGAAGAGCGUGGUUACAAUACGGCGUUCAUUCUGUCCCGUGAUAGAGCGACUGGACAUUAUCAUUUGCAUUAUCGGGCGUUUCGAAGGGUUGAAUCAGCAAAGCGUGCACCUUUGUCAUAUAAACGGGUUUCAAAACGUGAACAUGCCAGUAUUUCGGCGCCGUAGACCUCGAAGCUGAAGGUGGACCUCGGUCCGCUGAUCGACGUCGCAUGGUCGACAAGCCGCAGC